AUGUCGAUUCCUGGAAGCGAGACCGACUUCACAGGCUUCUUCCAUGCAGCCAUUGCCCACCUAGCCUGCCGGCCGGACUGCAGCAGUCAAUGGUGGCAGUUCGAGAAGGAUCCUGCCGUCAAGGCAACCUGGGCAGCACUGGGGCUUCAACAGCACAUGCCAAGGAUGGAAGAUGUGCUGGCAGCUCGCCCAGACCUUUUUAGCAGAUCCCACAAUGGCAAGAACAUGGUCCUCAAGCUGCAGGCCCUCGGCCUCUCGUGCCUUCCGCCGGCAGAGAUCCCGCCCCUGGGCACGGCACCUCCGAGCCCGCUGGUGCCCACGAGCCAGGGCUCUGCGGCGAAGUGGGGAGGUCCGUGGGCGGCCAGAGCAGGGGGCUACAUGAAAUCAGGCCCGGAGUUGCCUCGGCAGCCCCUCUUUGGCGGGGAAGCUUUGGAGGGCGACGUGCUGGAGUGGAAGGGCAAGUUCGGCUGGAUCAAACCCCUCCAGCCCAUCGACCACCCUCUCGCAUCCCGGAACAAGUCUCGCAUCUACGUGCACGUGAAGGACCUCGCGGACGGCUUGCAGUCCCUGACCGCUGGGCAGCGUGUGGCUUUCCAGGCAUACACUGACGACAGUGGUAUCGGCGCAGAGGCACAUCGACUGCAGUCUGGCAUUCUCUUUGCGUGUUCGGCCUCUGCAUCCAAAAGUGGGCCAAAGCCGUCGAAUCCGCCGCCGAGUGCCAACGUGUCCUCGGAGGAGCGGGUCGAGCGCCCCACCGUGCUUCUGGAGCAUGGCAUCAAGUACACUGGCCAGUGGAAGGGAGACAAGCGUGAUGGCCAUGGCUUGCAGGAAUGGCCGGACGGCGCGCGGUUCGAUGGUCAAUGGCGGAAUGGCUUAGCAGAGGGCUUUGGAAAGUUCAUACACGCUGACGGCGACGUCUAUGAAGGGCAGUGGAGGGACGACAAAGCCAACGGAGAAGGCGUCUAUCACCAUGCCGACGGCUCCAGGUACGUUGGCGAGUGGAAAGACGACCAGAAAGAGGGUCAUGCCAUGGAGGAGUGGGCAGACAAUUCCCGCUUCGAGGGAGAGUACCGUGCCGGCAAAAAGCACGGGCAUGGAACGUUUACCUGGCCAGAGGGUUCCUCGUACGAGGGCGAAUUUCAGAACAAUGAGAUACACGGUCAGGGCACGUACUUCUGGAAUGAUGGGCGUGUGUACUGUGGGCAGUGGGCAAACAACAGGAUGAGUGGCCAGGGCACGUUCACGUGGAGAGACGGCCGGAAGUACAUUGGCAGCUACAUGCACGACAAAAAGGAUGGACACGGGGUGUUCACGUGGCCAGACGGACGGGAAUAUGUCGGCGACUGGAAGGAUGGCAAGCAGCAUGGCAUCGGAGUCUUCAAGACCGCCAAGGGCGACUAUCGCCGCGGUGAGUGGAAGGAUGGCAGUCGCAUCCGCUGGAUCUCGGAGGCGUAUCGGGAGGAUGGGCAGCAGCCUGGCUCUCCUUCAGCUCCGCAGGAUGCAGCGCAGAACACAUCGGAGCCACGAGCCGGAAAUGCGAUUUGA